AGCCUUGAAAGCAUUGAUUCUACUGUUACUAGUCACUGGUUGUCACAAGGGGAAGAAGGUUCAUCUUCUAGGGAAAAGGAAUUGGAUAUUGACGAGCUGGAUCGAGCAUUAGAAGAGGAAGUUGGUGAUGAAGAAGAUGAAGGGGACGACUUGCAGAAUGUAGACUUAUCUACAUUUGGUGUUGUUUGACGAUAUGAAACGUUGUUUGUGAACAUUGUAGUGCUUGCUAGUUUGUGUUUGUGGUAGUUGUGAACUUGUGGUUUGAGAAUGUUGUUUGGUUUGAUAAUGUUGUUUGAACUUGUGGUGUAAGAAUGUUGUUUGGUUGUUUUGUACU